AUAAGACUUUCCUUAUUUCUAUUAUUAUUACAACCCGGUAGUAGCUAGUUAAAACUGCAAGACGAAGGUGAGGCGUAGGUAUAGUGGAUAUUUUUCCAAUGUUCCAUUUGCCCCAUAAGGGGGGCUUAACCAUUUUUGAUAACAUACGGCCCUUCCCAAGUAGUUGUUAUGCAAGCCUCUGUCUGCGUGACAGCUAUAAUACGCCUGUUACGCCUGCGGAAGUGCUUGAUAUGCUUUGAGGUGCUGUGCUAGAAACACCCGGACGAUAUCUGGGUAUAGGACCGUCUUGUUGGUCAGGAUCAGCGACUAGGCCAUCAGCAUUAUUGGUCUGCAUUAGCCCCCGUGGCGGUCAGAGAAACUCGUUGCUACUCAUUAAUGAAUAAAGUCGACGAGUUGCAGUGUGACAUUAGCUACCCAAUAUCAAGUCUUCAACCCCAGAAAGGUCCAAGAGUUUUAUACUACGUUCCCAAUAAUUAGGUCGACUACAGCAGAGGAAAACCCGGUCACUCUCUUAGGUCCAGGGUAUUUCAACGGAAAGAAGCCGCCUUUACGCGCUCAACUGCUGGGCCUCGUUAUCUUAGUUAAUGCUUACCCUCAACUAGAGGAUAAGAGUUGAGUUAAGGGUAUCUUCAUUUUAACAAGCUCGUCGGAUUUGCCACAUGAAUUACACAAGGAAGCGCGCACUCCUUGCUUGCGACUUUUGCAGGUAUCGUAAGCGGAGAUGCGAUGGGAAGAGACCGUGUUCUACCUGUAAGGAUUCAAAUGCCGACUGUGUAUACAAGGAGCUACCAUUCGAUAGAGUGGAAGACUCAAGUCCUACUGCAGUCAUCGAUCGACUUGCCCGAAUAGAAUCGCUUCUCGAACACCAAGGCCAACAGAUUAACGAGCUUAGCACUCGUUCAAGCCCCCUUUCACACACUCCAAGCCAGGCCGAUUACUUCACUGCCUAUCAACAGCACUCAGACUACUUGCCCUCCACAUCUGCCGGAAUAGACCCCCAAUUGGAUUCGCCGCAAUUUUUAAUUCCCAAGGGCCACGCUACUCUGACGACGACUCUUCUUUCGCUACCCCAGGUGCGUGACCUAAUCGGGGAUUACCCGAGGGAAUAUUUCUCUGAAAUCGAAGAAAAAUUCCCCUUGCCAGGACUACUUGGAAGUCUCUAUGAUGGCUCGCUAGUCUGGCCGUCUCUUGAUCUUGACGGCCUUAACGUGCUAGCCGAUAAUUAUUUUCGAAAUGUCCACCCCCAUCACCCGUUAUUCACGCGAAAUGCGUUCAAGUCCUGGCAGGACCAGCUUAUUCAGGACAGGAAUAUGGAAGACAUUGGGACAUCGAUAUGCUUUUGUGUCUAUGCUUUGGGUACGAUAAGCUUAGAUCGAGAAGGAAAUUCCGAGGAUGAUGAAGCGCUGGGCCUUCGAUUUUUCCAACCUGCAUUACGAAUCAUGCUACAUAAAUUAGUGUGGGAUUUUCGGCCAGACAUAGGACUCUGUCAAGCCUUAUUGCUCGCCGCCUCAUAUUUUUCUCACUUAGGAAGACCCCUUCACAGUUGGAGAAUGGCACAAUUUGCAUCUCGGUUAUUUCUAAAUCUCGUUGAAAGUCGAAAACAUCAUUUGUCAACCGCAGUCUUUGAAGAGGCAGAAUUAAGAACAUUUUGGCAGUGUUUUACAGUCGAAUGUGACCGAAUUGCUGAACUUGACGUUCCUCGGAGCGGAAUAGAACCCCUGGGAGACCGUAUGAGGCUUCCCCACAAUACGGACCCCUCCGAUAAUGAGAAUAUCAUUUAUUUCAUCGCCGAGCAUGCUAUUCGUCGGCUUUUAAACCGUAUACAUAACUCGCUUUACGGCCCGGAAAUAGCGGAGGCGAGUUUCACGGGUCCAAAUCAAGCAUGGCAGAGUCUGGGCCUUCAAAAACUUCUAGCGCUUAGUACUGAACUCAACAGACAGUUAGAAGAAUGGUACAUCUCGAUACCGGACUACUUGAGACCUCAGAAAGGGACGGUUCCACUGCCGAAUGAUCGUGCGCGAGUCCUCAGGCUUCGGUAUUGCGCGGCAAGGCACAUAAUUCAUCAACCAUUCCUACUCUUGAUGACCUGCCGACAACAGGAAGUCCAAUCCCCAAGUGGCUCGUCUACUCUUAGUCCCGACCCCUUUAGCGAAUCGCCUGUCUUUCUGGAAAAGUGCGAGGCCUGCAUUGAUUCUUGCGUCACCUACCUAUACAACGCGCUGGAUAUGAUCGAUAAACGCUCUCCAUAUCUCUGGACGGUUUCUCAGAGUUGUCUGGCAUGUCUCAUUAUGCUAUGGCUGGCAGACAAUUCACCCGCGUUGCAUAGUUACGUUCCCCACAUGCAAGCAAUCCAGGAUAUGGUACUCACGAAAUUGCGCAAAUGGGCACCUGAGGAUUCUAGCCUAGCUGCCGAGGCUCAAAUCAUAGAACAGCUAGUCUUUUCUGAUUCGAUGGAAGCUUGAGGCGGUACCCCUGGUACGCUUUUACAAGUUUUAUAACUUCUCUAUAAUAGUUAGGUAGUUAAGUUUGGAUUUACCAGAGAAGCUUGGGAGCUAUAUUGGCUACUAGAAGCUAAGCUCGGCAAGGCAUUAAAAUGUUGGCCUUGAUGGAGGCUUAGCAAGGAACAUGAUGGAAAAGUUUAAGCAUAAUACUGAUAGGCGAUACUCAGAAACAUAGCAGUGAGGUCAGAAAAUAGAUGGAAACAGUAUUAGAGUUGUAGAUAGAAAAAUCCAAUCACCUUCUUUCUUAUUGGAUCCCGUAGCUACCUUAUGUACCUAAGGUACCUCUUAAUGCUGAGGUGUGAUGGUUACUGAUGCACCAGCAGACCAAACAAUGUAACGCAUGUACAUGCGGUAAUGCAUGGA